CCCCUCUAGGCGUUUCUUCCGGGUGGGGCCCGGGGCCGAGGCUAUGGCGCCCUGGGCGCUCCUCAGCCCUGGGGUCCUAGUACGGACCGGGCACACUGUGCUGACCUGGGGGAUCACGCUGGUGCUCUUCUUGCACGAUACCGCACUGCGGCAGUGGGAAGAACAGGGGGAACUGCUCCUGCCCCUCACCUUCCUGCUCCUCGUGCUGGGCUCCCUGCUGCUCUACCUGGCUGUGUCACUCAUGGACCCAGGCUAUGUGAACGUCCAGCCCCAGCCCCAGGAGGAGGCCAAGGAGGAGCAGACAGCCAUGGUUCCGCAGGCCAUCCCCCUUCGGCGCUGCAGAUACUGCAUGGUGCUGCAGCCCCUGAGGGCCCGACACUGCAGGGACUGCCGUCGCUGCGUCCGCCGCUACGACCACCACUGCCCCUGGAUGGAGAACUGCGUGGGGGAGCGCAACCACCCACUCUUCGUGGCCUACCUGGCGCUGCAGCUGGUGGUGCUUCUGUGGGGCCUGUACCUGGCAUGUGGCCUGCCCCGCUGGGCUCCCCGAGCUCUGGGCCCCCAUCCCUAUGCCGCUCUGCAGGUCUGGCCUCCGGUUCUUCCAGCCCUGGGGACUGUGGCUGCGGUCCAGAGGGCUCCUGUUCGCCACCUUCCUGCUGCUCUCCCUCCUCUCUAUGGUGGCCGGCCUGCUCCUGGUCUCGCACCUCUACCUGGUGGCCACCAACACCACCACCUGGGAGUUCGUCUCCUCGCACCGCAUUGCCUACCUCCGCCAGCGCCCCGGCAACCCCUUCGACCAUGGCCUGACCCGCAACCUGGCCCACUUCUUCUGUGGAUGGCCCUCGGGGUCCUGGGAGGCCCUCUGGGUCGAGGAGGAGGAGGAGGGUGAGGGCAGCACCCAGGCUGUUUAGGAUCACAGGAGGCGAAGCCACCAUCUUGUGCCUGAGAACCAGAGGGCUGACCCCGAGCACCUGGGGCUCCUCGCUUCCGCCCGGGCCUCCAGCCUCGGAGCAGAGGGAACAGCAAACCCCUGCCUGUGGCGGGUGUCCUGCCUCCAGAGCGGGGAGGAGAGGAGGGCCUGUGUGGGGCCAGGGCACCAAUGCCGGGCUUCUGAGAGCUGCCCCCACCCCCAAGCCAGAAUGUAUCCAGUGUGCAUUUUUAUAAAUUUAAUAAUCCAUUAAGCAAGUCAAGUAUUAAAAAAAACAAACCAAACCA